AUGUAUCCAGGACAAAAGUAUAACCAGUUGUAUGGUUCAAGUGAAAAUUCUUCUCAACCACCACCACAACAAUAUGCACAAUAUCCGCAACAUCCACAAUAUCCACCACCGCAACAACCUCAUUAUCCACAACAACCUCAAUAUCCACCACCACCAUCACAAUCUCAAUAUCCACCACCACCACCACAAUCUCAAUAUACACCACCACCACCACAACAAUCUCAAUAUCCGCCACCACCACCACAACAGUCUCCUUAUUAUCAACCACCACAAUAUCCUUCCCCUCAAUCAUAUUAUCCUCCUCCUUCAGGUGCUCCACCUUCACAGAAUAAUCUGAAUAGUUAUGCUCCUCCCCCCGGUCCUCCACCAAAGAAUAAAUAUGGUCCCCCUCCCGGACUUCCAUCAGGGCCAGGAAACUAUCCUCCUUCUUCCCAGUCCUCUAUUCCUCCUAAUUCAUAUCAGUCACCUAAUGUUCCUCCUCCUCAUUCAGGAAAUACUCAUUAUGGCGGACAAAAUUAUCAGUUAUCAAAUUGUUCAGGACGAAAAAGAGCUUUAUUAAUUGGAAUUAAUUAUUUUAAUACUAACUUUGAAUUAAAAGCAGAAGAUAUGGUUGUUCUGACAGAUGAUCAGAGAGAUCCAAGGAAAAUUCCCAAUAGAUACAAUAUUUUGACAGCUAUGAAAUGGUUAGUGAGAGAUGCGAGAGUAAAUGAUUCGUAG